AGUGUGUGAGGCAGUGAGAUUAGUUUUUGAAAAGCGAAGAUGCCCCAAAUUCCGUAUGAAUUGAUCCGACAAGUUCAGAUCCGUACCCGGUCAGCGGCGGGGCUGCCCGAUUACGACCCGUCGGAUCCUACACUGCCCGCUCUUCCGUCUCUCUCGGCCACAAUAGCCGCCGCCGACGCUUCGCCGACGGACCGCCGCUGCCGGAACUGUAAAGCCUUGCUGCUUAGAGGAUCGGAGUCUAUUGUCUGCUUGUACUGCGGCAUCGGCCCCCAUUACGACGUCGUUCCGGAUCCCAUCCGCUUCACCUCCACCGUUGGCUACCAGUGGCUGCUCCGCUCGCUCCACCUCGAUGGAUCGGAAAUGGUUGAUCCAACCAGUAAAGUUAACCAAGGUAAAGUUCAGAGCUCGCCUAAAGAUUCAACUCCCUUGUCUGCAUUUUUAGACUUCAAGAUAGUGUGUCCAGCUGAAAAUGUGAACGGAGUGAAUAGCUCCGAUAAACCUUUGGUUUUGACCGGAGUAGCUCCGGAUAAGUUCUUCUUGAAAUCUAAGAGUAAUGGCGUCUCUGAUACACCUACCGAGCAACCAUCUGAGCAUAAAUGGACCGAGGCUGACAGUUCAAUAGAUGCUGCAGCUCUUGGCAAUCAAGAUUUGUUUCAAAAUGUGAAUUCAUCCAAGCCGGCUGUCAGCUCUUCCGAGCACAUGACUAGCAGAGCUCUUUCUGGAUGGGAGGCGGAUUUUCAGUUCCCUGAUUCUGAAAAUCAGCUUGGUGGUCAGAGGUCAUCUGAGCAUGUUGUAGCUUCCUCAGAAGGUUUUGAUAUGAAAUCUGAAGAUCCGGAUUCCUUUCAGAGUUCCUUGGGUUUGAAUGCUGAUCUUGGUGCUCAACUCGAUUCAGUGUAUGGACGUGGAGAAAAUCCGAAUGGUGGGAAACCAAAUGAGAGUGCAUCCAUUCCUACAGCAGUUGGUGACUGGAAUUCAGAUGAUAUAUGGAAUAAUCUGGGGUCAAGUACACCCGAGUUGUCUGGUGGAUUUGAUGCUCCUCAAAAGGACCCUACACCAGGCUUCUCGGAAGAUCUUUCUACCAGUGUUGAUUUUGAUAUGUUCCAGGACUUCCAGUCGCCAGCGAACUAUGCAGAUGUUACUAAGAAUAAGACCACGAAUGAGGAGCCUACAGCAAUGGAUGAAGACGCAUUUGAAGACUGGAACGAUUUUGCUAGCUCUACCAGCUUACAAGCUCCUCCCCAAAAUGCCUGGUCUGUAGCUGGAAGUAGUGAUCAAGUCUCGAGUUCUGAAAAUAAGCCCACAGAGGGAGAUUUGUUCAGCUUUGACAGUAAGCUUGAAGGUGACAACAAGUCCUCUGACAAAGAUGUAUUCAACUUUGACAAUAUGUUUGGAGAUGUCAAGAAGCCCUCAGAGAGUGAUUUAUUCAGCUUCGACAACAAGCCCUCAGGUGGAGAUUUAUUCAGCUUCGACAAUAAGUUUAAAGACGACAAAAUAACCCCAGAGAGAGAUUUAUUCAGCUUUGAUGGUGAUUUUGGAGGAGAUUUCAGCGGCUACUCUCAACCUAAUGCUCCUGCACAAGGCAAUGCUGUUAUGUCAGAAGAUCCAACUUCAAUCUGGUUUGGCGACGUGAGCUCCCCUUCCCUUGAAUCCGUACAAGCUGCAAGCAACGAAGAUGCAUCUGGGCAGGAUGGUGUGAAGGCGCUGAUGUCCCAGAUGCACGAUCUUUCUUUCAUGCUCGAGACAGACCUUUCUGUUCCAUCCGGCUCAGACGACCAUAAGCCUGUUCGAAUCCAAAAAGAUUGAGAGGUUUCAAGGUUCACAAACUCUUGAGCAUCUACACAACCUGUACAUUAUCUGGUAUGCUUCUUUUUAUUCCGGGACUGUGUUUUUAUCAUUGAGUCCCAUCUCGUCGUAUACCAUUCUUUUCAUCGCGAGUUUGGAUUCUAUAGCUUCUAUAUUAGUCUCCGUUGCGGUUGUCGUGUAACAGUCACAUUUGGAAAGGAGUAUGUGCUAAUAUGAGCAUUUCUAUUAAUUUGUUAUUCA